GGGAGAAGCGGAGAUGUCGCCGGGUCCACCACAUCGCCACCACCGUGGAGCACCCUGGAAUCAGACACCCGAUACGUGGCUCCCCACGGCCGGCCUCCCUCUUUGUUCACUCCCCCCCACACCCACAGCCGCCGACUCCUGUCUGUGGCCGCGAGCGAGCGAAGUGAGACUGGUAGACGGGACACCAGUCCACGACUCCCGCCCCCCCGACGCUUCCGGAGAUCCCUCCCUCCGUCCGCGGCGCCGGCGACCUGAGAGGGAGACCGGAGCACGGCGGCAAUCGGGCGGAGCUGGAGAGAUAGGGAGGCGGGAGCUUGGAGAAGGCGGAGCGAACCACUCUUCUUCUCGUCGGAGAGGAGGCGCCCGCUGCGUGCGGGUCUGCACUGCAUUGCAAUCAGCCAUGGUCAUGGACACCACUGACCCGGGCUACUGGCUCAACUGGAGGUUCCUGCUCUGCGCGACCUGGGUCUACUCCUGCAUGGCCCUGGCCUGCUACUUGAUCUGGAAGUACGAGGGACCCAGUUCGCCGGCCGGCAAUGAGGAGGGGGUCGACAGAGAGGAGGCGCGGCCCAAGAUCGGACCCGGAGUUGUGUAUCUUGAAGACUGCUGGAAGCCGUGCCUUGAGGAGAUCCAUCCCGCUUGGCUGCUGGCUUUUCGCCUUGUGUCAUUCUUGUUCAUGGCUUCAGUGCUUGUCUCUGAUGUUAUUGUCGAUGGAUGGACCGUCUUCCUUUACUACACUCAGUGGACCUUCUUGCUUGUCACCUUGUACUUUGGGCUUGGUUCGGUGCUUUCGAUCUAUGGAUGUUAUCGGUACGCUUGCAAGACGGAUAAAUCUGAUGGAGAUCAUGGCUCUUAUAUCAUUGCUCCAACGGGGGAAAGUACAUACGACGAUUCCAUCAAAAGAUCUUGUUUCAAUAAAACACAUGAUGGCCGGGAAAUUGCAGGAUUUUGGGGUUAUCUGUUCCAGAUUAUGUUUCAGACAAAUGCAGGUGCUGUGAUGCUUACGGAUAUGGUGUUUUGGUUCAUUCUCUACCCUUUUCUUGCCCGGAAUCAGUAUCAAAUGAAUUUUUUGCUGAUUGGAACACAUUCACUCAAUGCUCUCUUCAUAAUUGGUGAUACUGCUUUGAAUAGCCUGCGUUUUCCGUGGUUUAGAAUAUCAUAUUUCAUGCUCUGGACAGGCCUUUUCGUCAGUGUUCAGUGGAUUAUCCAUGCUAAUGUGUCGAUUUGGUGGCCUUACCCAUUCCUAGACUUGACAUACCCUCGAGCACCUGUCUGGUACUUGGUGGUGGCAUUGCUUCACUUCCCUUGUUAUGGUCUCUUUGCCCUAGUUCUGAGGAUCAAGAAAUCUCUCCUGGAAAGCUGGUUCCCACAUAGUUACACAUACGUGAAGUAGACAAGAAGAUACACAUAUACUGGCACAAUUUAUUCCCAAUUUUCCUUGUCCUGAAAACCACAUGGAGCUUCUGCUACUACACAAUCAGCCGCAUUCUUCGGAGUUAGGUGCCUGUAAUUCCUUGUACUUGAAAGCACGGGCUCUUUACGAGGUUCUUUACUCAAAAGUGGAUGUGUGAAUUGCCACGACGUAUGUUCACCAAAUUUUUUGGGAUGCGUAGCUUCUUUGAAGUCUGAACCAGGCCUUCUUUCCAGUGGGGAAUUUUGUGCAAUCUGAAUCUGAUAUGUGACACCCCACCAUUUGAUAGCUGCUUUAGUUGCA